GUCUUGGAGGUCAAAGCCCGAUGCCACUGGGGGUCUCUGAUGGGGCGGUACUAACGACAAGCCAGGCGGCCAGCUGUGGCUAAACGAACACACUAUAGCGGGCUUGUGAGCCAUCCAAAAAAAAAUGCCGUAUUUUUCGCUAUUGGUUUGGGCUUCACAUCAUGGAAUGUAAUGAACUUAUUCCUUGGGGGGGGAAACUAUAUAUUAUAGCCAACGGACGUCUUUGUUGAGAAAUCGGACUGCCUCUGAGACUUGGAUGGAGGUGCAAACAAGCGCCACGACCGAGGAGGUGUAGAACGGGUACGAAUCGGGUUUGUUUAGCUAACGUCAGCUAGCUAUUAUCGGGAGAAAGUUGCCUGUUUACGAGUGAAAACAGGGCGUUACUUGCGCGAGACAACAACCAAACUAUUGUUUGUCUGCAGAUGCCAGUUGGUCGACCCGUCUCAUCCUAAUUAUUAGCAUAGUGAGGAGCAACCGACCUGACCACCAUGCCUCCCAGACCGUCUUCUGGGGAACUAUGGGGCAUGCACUUGAUGCCCCCAAGCAUCCAGGUGGACUGCCUUCUCCCAAAUGGGAUGAUUCUGACAUUGGUGUGCACACGCGAGGCAACACUCAUCUCAGUCAAACACGAACUCUUCAAAGAGGCCAGGAAGUAUCCUCUCCACCACCUCCUACAAGAGGAGACCUCCUACAUCUUUGUCAGCGUUACCCAAGAGGCUGAGAGAGAGGAGUUCUAUGACGAGACAAGGAGACUGUGUGACCUCAGGCUUUUUCAGGCCUUCCUGAAAGUCAUCGAACCAGUGGGCAACCGAGAAGAGAAGAUACUCAACCGAGAAAUUGGUUUUGCAAUAGGAAUGCCUAUAUGCGAGUUUGACCUGGUCAAGGACUCGGAAGUGCAGGACUUUAGAAGAAACAUAUUGAAUGUCUGCAAGGAGUCUGUGGACCUCCGAGACACUAAUGGACCCAUCAGUAGAGCGUUGUACGUCUACCCUCCCAAUGUAGAGUCGUCAGUAGAACUGCCCAAGCACAUCUUCAAUAAGCUUGACAAAGGUCAAAUCAUAGUGGUCAUCUGGGUCAUCGUGUCACCGAGCAACGACAAGCAGAAGUACACCCUGAAGAUCAAUCACGACUGCGUGCCGGAGCAUGUGAUCGCAGAGGCCAUCCGCAAGAAGACGCGUAGCAUGCUGCUGUCCCACGAGCAGCUCAAGAUGUGUGUGCAGGAGUAUCAGGGAAAGUACAUCCUCAAGGUGUGUGGCUGUGACGAGUACCUGCUGGAGAAGUACCCCCUUAGCCAGUACAAGUACGUGAGGAGUUGCAUCAUGCUGGGGCGCAUGCCUAACCUCAUGCUAAUGGCCAAGGAUAGCCUUUACUCCCAGCUGCCCAUCGACACCUUUACCAUGCCCUCGUACGCCCGACGCAUUUCCACGGCAACGCCCUAUAUGAACGGCGAGACGGCCACCAAGUCCCUGUGGACCAUCAACGGCACGCUGAGGAUCAGGAUACUGUGCGCAACCUAUGUCAAUGUAAACAUCAGGGACAUUGACAAGAUCUAUGUCCGGACUGGGAUCUACCACGGUGGGGAGCAGCUGUGUGACAAUGUGAACACUCAGCGCGUGCCAUGCUCAAAUCCCAGAUGGAAUGAGUGGCUGAACUACGACAUGUACAUUCCAGACAUCCCACGUGCCGCCCGCCUCUGUCUGUCCAUCUGCUCUGUGAAAGGGAGGAAGGGGGCUAAAGAGGAGCAUUGUCCGCUAGCCUGGGGCAACAUCAAUCUGUUUGACUACACCCACACUCUAGUGGCCGGGAAGAUGGCCCUCAACCUGUGGCCUGUGCCCCAUGGCCUGGAAGACCUGCUCAAUGCCAUCGGAGUCACUGGCUCCAAUCCAAACAAGGAAACCCCUUGCCUGGAGCUGGAGUUUGAUCACUUCAGUAACCCGGUCAAGUUCCCCGACAUGCCGGCCAUCGAGGAGCACGCCAACUGUAACAUAUCCCGGGAGCUGGGCUUCAACUACUGCCACACCGGUUUGAGUAACAGACUGGCGAGGGACAACCCCCUGACAGACAGUGACAAUGAACAGCUGCGCUUGGUGUGUAACAGAGACCCACUGUCUGAAAUCACUGAGCAGGAGAAGGACUUCCUGUGGAGGCACAGACAUUACUGCGGGACUAUCCCAGAGAUACUUCCCAAGAUUCUCCUGGCAGUGAAAUGGAACUCCAGAGAUGAGGUUGCACAGAUGUAUUGCCUUCUGAAGGACUGGCCAGCCAUAAAGCCAGAACAAGCCAUGGAGUUGCUGGACUGCAACUUCCCCGAUCCCAUGAUUCGAGACUUUGCCGUGAAGUGCCUUGAGAAAUACUUAACAGACGACAGACUCUCUCAAUACCUCAUCCAGCUGGUCCAGGUUCUUAAGUACGAACAGUACCUCGACAACCCGCUGGCCCGCUUCCUGCUGAAGAAGGCUUUGACCAAUCAGCGGAUAGGACAUUUCUUCUUUUGGCAUCUCAAGUCGGAGAUGCACAACAAGACUGUGAGCCAGCGGUUUGGCCUGCUGCUGGAGUCCUACUGCCGGGCCUGUGGCAUGUACCUCAAGCACCUGAGCAGACAGGUGGAGGCCAUGGAGAAACUCAUCAACCUUACCGACCUCCUCAAGCAGGAGAAGAAGGACGAGGCCCAGAAGGUUCAGAUGAAGUUCCUGGUGGAGCAGAUGAAACGGCCUGACUACAUGGAUGCCCUACAGAGCUUCACCUCUCCACUCAACCCAGCGCACCAGCUGGGAAACCUCCGCUUGGAAGAGUGCCGGAUGAUGUCAUCGGCCAAGCGGCCCCUGUGGCUCAAUUGGGAGAACCCCGACAUGAUGUCAGAGCUGCUCUUCCAGAGCAACGAGAUCAUAUUUAAAAACGGAGAUGAUCUGAGGCAGGACAUGCUGACUUUGCAGAUCAUUAGAAUAAUGGAGAACAUCUGGCAGAACCAGGGCCUUGAUCUCAGGAUGCUGCCGUACGGCUGCCUGUCCAUCGGCGACUGCGUGGGCCUGAUAGAGGUGGUGAGAAACUCCCACACCAUCAUGCAGAUCCAGUGUAAAGGAGGCCUGAAGGGGGCGCUGCAGUUCAACAGCCACACACUGCACCAGUGGCUCAAGGACAAGAACAGGGGAGAGAUGUACGACCAGGCCAUUGACUUGUUCACACGGUCGUGUGCGGGCUACUGCGUAGCCACCUUCAUCCUGGGGAUCGGUGACAGACACAACAGCAACAUCAUGGUCAAAGAUGAUGGACAGCUAUUCCACAUAGACUUUGGCCAUUUCCUGGAUCACAAGAAGAAGAAGUUUGGCUACAAGCGAGAGCGGGUGCCCUUCGUCUUGACACAGGACUUCUUAAUCGUCAUCAGUAAAGGAACCCAGGAGUGCACCAAAACCAGGGAGUUUGAGAGGUUCCAGGAGAUGUGCUACAAGGCCUACCUGGCCAUCCGGCAGCACGCCAACCUCUUCAUCAACCUGUUUUCCAUGAUGCUGGGCUCGGGGAUGCCCGAACUGCAGUCCUUCGACGACAUCGCUUAUAUCCGCAAGACCCUGGCGCUAGACAAGACGGAGCAGGAGGCCCUAGACUACUUUAUGAAGCAGAUGAACGACGCCCACCACGGCGGCUGGACCACCAAGAUGGACUGGAUCUUCCACACAAUCCGCCAGCACGCCAUGAACUGAGAGGGGGCCAUCUGCCCGGAGAGUAGCAGCAACGCAGAGAGGACAAGGGCGGAUCUCUACACCAUCCGCCUGGACUGUGUGUCAACGGAGAGACUAGAGCGGAUCUCUGCACCAUCCGCCAGCUAAGCAUGCCAUGAGCUGAGAUGGCAGAGCGGACAACGCUAGCGUCCACGGAUGGAGCUAUGAAUGGAUAGAAACCAUUGGCUGAAUUGAGAGGCUAGAACGGAUCGCUACAUCAUCUGCUAACUUCUGAGCUCUGAGGGAAAUGCACAUCUGUACACCAUCCACUAGGAGGUGCCAAAAGUGGAUAUUAGGGAUGCAUCAAUAGGGAAAUGACGGACUAAUGCGAUAAUCAUAUUUACUGGACAUUAUCUUUCUCAUAUUGGUAUGGUAAUAUAGCCACAGUUCUCUUUGUAAAAUUAGUGGAACAACCACGAUUGUAAACAGCCAUUUUGCAAAAGUUAUGUCAUUUUUAAGAUGAAAGCGAUCUAUUGUAUUAUCAGCCGAUACCGAUAUGAUGGCCGUUUUUUUUUCUUUCCUAUAUCAAAGCCCGCCCAGGAUCAGGUCCUGCUAACACACCAGGAUACCGUGAAGACCUGCCCUGCUAACACACCAGGAUACCGUGAAGACCUGCCCUGCUAACACACCAGGAUACCGUGAAGACCUGCCCUGCUAACACACCAGGAUACCGUGAAGACCUGCCCAGGGUCAUGUCCUGCUAACACACCAGGAUACCGUGAAGACCUGCCCAGGAUCAUGUCCUGCUAACACACCAGGAUACCGUGAAGACCUGCCCUGCUAACACACCAGGAUACCGUGAAGACCUGCCCAGGGUCAUGUCCUGCUAACACACCAGGAUACGGUGAAGACCUGCCCAGGGUCAUGUCCUGCUAACACACCAGGAUACCGUGAAGACCUGCCCAGGAUCAUGUCCUGCUAACACACCAGGAUACCGUGAAGACCUGCCCAGGAUCAGGUCCUGCUAACACACCAGGAUACCGUGAAGACCCGCCCAGGGUCAUGUCCUGCUAACACACCAGGAUACCGUGAAGACCCGCCCAGGGUCAUGUCCUGCUAACACACCAGGAUACCGUGAAGGCCUGCCCAGGGUCAUGUCCUGCUAACACACCAGGAUACCGUGAAGGCCUGCCCAGGGUCAUGUCCUGCUAACACACCAGGAUACCGUGAAGACCUGCCCAGGGUCAUGUCCUGCUAACACACCAGGAUACCGUGAAGACCUGCCCAGGGUCAUGUCCUGCUAACACACCAGGAUACCGUGAAGACCUGCCCAGGGUCAUGUCCUGCUAACACACCAGGAUACCGUGAAGACCUGCCCAGGGUCAUGUCCUGCUAACACACCAGGAUACCGUGAAGACCUGCCCAGGGUCAGGUCCUGCUAACACACCAGGAUACCGUGAAGACCUGCCCAGGGUCAGGUCCUGCUAACACACCAGGAUACCGUGAAGACCUGCCCAGGGUCAGGUCCUGCUAACACACCAGGAUACCGUGAAGACCUGCCCAGGGUCAGGUCCUGCUAACACACCAGGAUACCGUGAAGGCCUGCCCAGGAUCAGGUCCUGCUAACACACCAGGAUACCGUGAAGACCUGCCCAGGAUCAGGUCCUGCUAACACACCAGGAUACCGUGAAGACCUGCCCAGGGUCAUGUCCUGCUAACACACCAGGAUACCGUGAAGACCUGCCCAGUGCACGCAACGGAAAAUGGUUUGAUACGGAAAACAAAACAAAAAUUAUUAUUGGACAAGUCUUGGCAGUCUCCUUCCCUUUCAAUCAUGUCUUCUUCCUCUUGGUGCCCAUUGAACACGACCCAGAAUACCACCAGCAUUGUUAAUUCCCAGUGAUGGAUGGUUGACAGACACUAGGAUGUCCUUUUCAUCGUCUGCUGUCAACUCUAAGAUUAGCGAAGAGAACUGACAAAUCGUGUUUGAUCUCAAUUGACGAUCACACAUCUUGUGUGUGUCGCCCCCCCCCCCGCCUCCACAGAUGGAAACGGUCAUGUUUUGUGACCUCAAAGUUUGAGAUUUUGUACAGAAGUAUCCCAAUGGUCUUGUAUGCAUACAUUAUUCCUUUUUAGUCUUCAUUUUCUACUGAGCCAAAGUACUAUAUAUAUAUAUAUAUAUCUCUCCCCUACUACAUCUGACUUAUCAGUCUAACCAUGAGUCACUACUAUUCCAAUCCCUGUGUAUCUCCUUUGUAGCACUGAUCUCUACAGUAUUUGUUUGUUUGUCUAUCAGUAUUAUGAUGCGUGUGCAGCGUUCUGGAGUAAAAUGGCUGCCGUCCAGCACCCAGUUGGAUGCAACACAGAAGUUUACGAUGACCGACAGAAAAUAACUGUAGAUUUAUCCUGUAACUGUAAAUUCAUUUGAAUUCAUCCUCUUCGUUUUGUUGUUUUUUCAGGUUGUAUUUUUAAAGGGAAAUGGGGGCAAAAUGGAUGUGCAAUGUUAUAGUUCUGUUACACUAUGCAAUUUGUGAUCUUAAUGUACUGUACUGCAAAGUAGAGUCGAUGGGAGUAUCUAAUCAUAUACACAGCAUUAAAGAUGUCUUAUCAACUGUACAGACAAGACAGUACACAGAAGACGAAUGCACAAUUAUGCACUGACAGUAUCAUCGAUUUCUUCCCUCACAGGAUGACUCGAAGAACGGAAGAACUGUUAAAAAAAAGAGCCUCUUGUACCCUGCCUUACACUUUAGUUGUUUUUUCUUCAGAUCUAACCAGACAUUUUCAGAAAGCGUUUGGAACUACCGUAGAUUUUUUUUUGGGGGGGUGACUUGGAAUUUGCUUCAUCCUGUAUUUUCAGAAUACAAGUAUGUAUAGAUUUGAUCCUAUUCCAGACUUCCCCAGCAUUCUAUGUCAUAUGAACUCCCUAAUCAGUAAAGUUGUUUAAGAUCAAUAAAAUAAAAGUGUAACAGGUGAAUUUGUGGUUUUGCCUUCCCUGACAACUGCCCUUUUUUAAGUGUGGAUUUUGCAGUUUUCUCAUUGCAUAAAUAUACUUUUAUUAGUCAGUUGUUUGCCAGUUUUUACCAAAUGACAUGGUAUGUGUUUCUGUGCAGGUUACAGAUGGUUGGGCAGGUCCCAUUCAAAACAAGACCACUACAAUGACCGUAUUACAAACUAUAUGCAAGCGCUAUCAUAGAACAUUUUUCCUUUUAAUUUUUGUUGUGGUUAAAUGUCAUCCUUUUCUUUUCACUGUUAAUGCAUGAGGUCCCUGAAGAUACGUUGUUCAACCAAGUGUUGUUUACUUGAAGUUCAUGUUUAAAUGACAUUUUGUUACUUGUGAGGUACAAUGUCAUCACACCAUGAAGAUAAGCAAUACUACCCUGGGGCCAGGGAAUAAUGUCUGGCACCCAUGAACUAUAUGUGUGUAAAUCGCUUUCUUUGAGUAACUACAGAGGUAAUAUAUUUUUGUAUUCUAAAUGUAGACUAACUCUCAAUAUAAUCACUAAACAAAACAAAAAACUGGAAUUAUGCAUAGUACAUCGUUUCACACCCCACUAGACAGCUUGUAGUUAUUGAAAUAUGAGAUACUAGUGAUGGACAACAUGAGCUUGGUAAGGAGGAGAAUGUAUCGAGGGGAAUUUCACUGAAGGUCUUCUGCUCUGGCUAGGAGUACAGUGUAAAUGCACAAUGAUGAAAAGCUAUCCUGCAUGUUUUCAAACCCACUAUUCAUGAGUUAUCUAUUCAUCAAAGUACUAUGCACUCAUUAUUCUUUCAAACUAAUUCAUAUACCAUGUCUGGAUAGAACCCUGUAUUCAUUCACUCAUUGUACUGUUUGCUAAAAAAAAAAUCUUUGCUCUGUAUCCCCAGAUAUUUUGAGAACCAAUAAAUGUCAUUUCUAAUGAUC